AUGGUAUCCAUCAGCGCGAGCCCGCCCCAGAGGUACGUGUUCAACAUGAAUGGAGCGGCUCCUCUAACCAACAACGCAGAGUCCGUUUGGAGUUUCGACGGGAAGGUCUACUGCGCAUAUCAAGCAAACAGCAACGCCCUCUCGCGCCAGGUCGUCCAGGUCUUUCCGGAAGGAGCCAACGUCACGAACUCGGAGAUACCCGCCGUCCCGAUCUUCCCCUUGGACGACCGGCGGUCGAACUCCGAGGAUGGCUUGAACUGCCUGAACGUGAGCAGUGUGCCUCUACAGAUUGUCAGCACAAGUGCGACAAACAGUGCGAGCUGCGUGUCGACCAUCCAGGGCCUGAAUGUCACGACAGGUCUUUACACGCCGAUUUGCAGCACGGCUCCGGGUGAAUGCUUCCUCUCCUGCGCCAUCGACCCUUCUGAUGGCAUGAUCUACUGCCAAACUACGUCGACUCCCCGCUAUCUUGCUCGCAUGACGUGCGACCCGACCACAGGUGCUCUCGAGCCUUGCUACAUGGGCAGAGUCAACACGAACAACGACCCCCUCGACAAUUCGGCCGCUUUUAAGCCGAGCGACGGCGAGUACGUCUAUGCUCCCGGCGAUGGCAACAGGCUGCGCGAAGUUCGGGGUGACAUCACCAACAUUGACGCAUUCGUCUCCCGACCAGAUCCAGCUUUACCCUUCAUUUCAAGCCCACGGGCAUCGGGGCAAAACUUCAAUGCAGAUGCUCUUGCCAUCGCCAGGUUCACGUUCUCCACUCAGGGAGAACAAGAUUGGGCUGUUGGCUGCGCUGGCAGCCAGGUUAUCGUCAUGAGCGUGACGGGCAGCUCUGUGCGCUACGUCCUUGACAUGGUGGGCGUCGACGUCCCAGGCGGUGAGGUGACGACUGCCUGGAGUUUCGAAGACCAUGUCUACUGCGCGUGCAACGACACUAUCUACGAGAUCCUCUACGAAUUUGUAAGUACCAUGGUCGUUACUGCGCCACUCCAUUUCCAGAUGUGCCCCGGCUGCCGCCAAGUAACCACCACAACAACUACGACCACCACCACACUGCCGCCGCCGCUGCAGCUGUGCCUUGAUCUGACUGGGGUGGAGAAGCCUCCGAGUACGUCUCCUAUCGGUGGCGUUGGUGUUGACAAUGGUACGAUGGCUCGGAUCGUGAACCUGCCUGCACUGGCCGAUUCGGAGCCAGCUUGGAACUGUUCCAACUCGAGCGAGUUCUCGACCUUGGCGCUGCAGGUGAUCAACGAGCAGCCCUUCGGCUUGCCAGCUCGCCAAGGCCGCCAGGCCGGAGUUUUGUUCUACGCUUUGCUGGACAUCGGCGUUGCACCGGGUAUCUGGGACGAAGACGCUCUGUCCCUCCUUGUCGCGGACUGCUGUACAAAGAGCAUGAAACCGACAUUCGGUCAUGACCUGGCCAUGCUGCGCGAUAGGUUUGUGACAAAGCUUGAGGGCGGCGGCGGUGUUGCGCCGCCCUCGGAAGUAGGUGCACUUUGUGCCGCGCGACCCUCAGAAGUAGGUGGCCAACUCUGCCAUGAGCUUCCGCAUUCACUGACCUCUGUGACAAACGUACUGGGUCUCGCAGGGCCCUUCAACUUCCCCUUCCUCCGAAAGCCAUACAGAGGAACCAUCCAGUCGCUGGACGUCACGACGGGCACAUAUGUGCGCAGGCUUGUUUCCCAGUCCCGGCACCUGCAAUCAAGGCUGAUUUGCAAGUUCGAGGGCGAGUGCUUCAACGCCUGUGGCGUGAAUCCCUUGGACAACAACAUCUACUGCAUAACCGAGGCCACUUGA